UGCAUGCGUGUGUUUUAGUGCCUGUGUGUAAGAGCCUAUAUGUUGUUUAUUGCAUGUAUGUAUAUAUAUACACAUGUGUGUGCUUCGUGUCUCUUUCUCCAGCGUGACCUGCAGCUGCACAUAACUCUCCGCACAUAUCAAGGCUUAGCAGGAGAACGGGUUAGAAAGAGCAAAUAGAGGAGGGAGGGGAGAGAGGUAGAGAGAGACCGACAAGAAAGACUUGUUCACAGGAAAGGCAAUAAGCAACGUGGAGUGCGAGGCGAAAGGGAAGCUCAUCUGUGUGACACCUUCGAUAGGAAGAUGCUGUUGAAUGUGCUGGCUGUGACUGCGGUUUCAGCAGCUGUGCUGUACGUCCUGUAUAAAUGGUUGAUCCCUGCAGCUGUGCAGAACAGUGGCUGGCUGGCCCUCAUCUGGCACGAUGUCAUCGUUGAGCGCUUCCUUAACAUCCUGACGGGAUUAUCACGACCUCAGCGCAUGUUGAAAGCUGUUCAGAAGAACGCCACAAAAGGCGACCCCCAGAGUGUCAUCGCAGCCAUUGACUACUACUGCAGACACAAAGAGUGGGCUAUGAACGUGGGUGACGAUAAAGGGCCCAUAUUGGAUUCAGUGGUGAGCGAGGUUAAUCCCAGCACGGCUCUGGAGCUCGGCACGUAUUGCGGUUAUUCCACUGUUCGUAUCGCACGGCUGCUGUCACCUGGCUCUAAACUCAUUACUGUUGAAUUCAACCCAGCCUACGCUGCCAUUGCACGGCAGAUCAUCGCCCAUGCCGGACUUCAGAACAAGGUUACUUUAGUUGAGGGAGGCUCCGGUGAUCUGAUUCCCAAAAUCAAGGAACAAUUUGGAAUAAAAUCUCUUGAUUUUGUGUUUUUGGACCACUGGAAAGAUCGCUAUCUUCCAGAUAUUAAACUUCUAGAGACCUGCGGUCUGCUCAAAAAAGGCUCUGUCCUGCUCGCAGACAACGUUAUUUGCCCCGGAACUCCAGAAUAUUUGGAAUACGUGAGGAACAGUCCACGGUAUAAGAGCCAAUACUUCCAGUCCUACCUGGAGUACACCAAAGCAGAAGACGGCCUGGAGAAAUCUGUUUUCUUAGGAUGAGAUCAAUCUUUAUUCACCAUUAUGAUCAAUGCACACUAGAAUGUUUCUCCAUUGACCAAAUGUUUAAUAAAAUAGGAGGUCUUGACACAGGCGGUGAUUUCUCUAAAAUGCCCCAAAAACUUUGAAUCAUGUGAUGCCAUACCUACUAGGAUAAGAUAUUAAAGCUGAUUUUUUUACCAAAUUAUAUAUUUAGUUUAAUAAAAAAAAAAAAUCUACUCAUACACCAUUACUUUAAUUUCCACCCUCAUAUAAAACACUUCAGAUUUUUUAUAAUAUAGACUGAUGUUUUGUAUUAUUUUACAACAUGUUUGUGUUGAUUGAUAAAACAGGGACAUUUAAUCCAUUCAGUCUCUGUUUUUUUAAGCAAAGAAUGUUCCAAAUGGUCCUUCAUAUUGUAUUUAGAUUAAUGAACUAUUAAAUUUAUGUUGAGAUCAGUUUGGCCACAAUAGGGAGGAAUUUCAGUGUAAGUCUACAUGUAGUUUACAAUAAACAGAAGAAAAUCUAAGAACACUUAUUUUCUGAAAUAAAGAAAAUGAUUGUUCACCCAAAAACUAAAAUUCUGUCAUCAUUCACUCACCCUCUUGUUAUUUUAAACCUGUAUGACUUUCUUUCUUCUGCAGAACACAAAAGAAGAUAUUUUGAAAGAUGUUGGUUUUGUGUCCAUACAAUAGAAGUGAAUGGGGGAUAUUUCUUCAAAAUAUCAUAUUUUUUGUUUUGCAGAAAAAAGAAAGUCAUGAAGGUUUAAAAUGACAAGAGGGUGAGUAAAUGAUGACAGAAUUUCCAUUUUGGGUGAACUAUCACUUAAACAACAGUUCUUAAAGCUAUAGUUCACCCACAAAUAAAAUUCUUUCAUGAUACCAAACCAGUGAUUUCUGUGGAACAGAAAUAAGAGUUCAUACGUUUCAUUUAUUUGUACCGUAAUGCAUUCUGGGUGUUGUGGAUGAGUUUUGUACUAUGGAACCAGCGUGCAGCAUGAAGCUUUUAAUGUUAGACAUUACCAUUGUUGAGAUUCAUAUGCUGAUUUUUAUGUCUCUGUGUUUAAAUGAUACAAAGCUUAUUCUAUUUGUACAUUAGUGUUAUCAGUUUCCAGGGUUGUCGAAGAGGGAAAUGCAUUAAUAAAACAAAUAAAUCUUCA